AUGAUGGCCAAGAAAUGUUUCGAGUCAGGGUGUAUAAAUGAGGUUGAAUAUUCAUGCAAAUGCUCUUCUCCUGAGACUUCAUCUUGCGAAGUGCAUAUUGGGAAGCAUAUAAACUUGCCUAAUGGAGCUCAUAACCUUGAAUCAACAUUUAUUCAGCCUUAUGAAGGGACAAAAGAAGCAAUUCUUGAAUUUCUUACAAAAGAAAAUUCAAAAUACAGCGAACUGAGAAGAAAAAUCAUAGAUUUCUUUAGCCAGUGUCCAUUUAAUUUAAAGAGAAAUUUAAGAGAUUUCAGAAAAAAAUUGGACGAUUGCUCAGGUGAAAUAAAUGAUUUCUUUGCAAAAAUUUCCCAAGUUAAAAAAUUAUCAAAGUUAGAGCAAGAUCCAAUAUUAGGAUUAUUAGUUUUACAGCCUGGAGAAGCUCUUGAGAAAGUAAAAUUGAUGACCAUAGCCAUGAAAGACUUAUAUAACAGUGCAAGAUUCUUUUAUAUAAUCAAUGAAAAGUUAGCGAGUUUAAAUAGGCCAUUUGUUAAAGAAAAAUGAGAUUCACAUCUUGAAAAUAUGAAUGUGCAAAAUACUCCUGAAGUGUAUGAUAAAACUAUAGAAUCAGCAAACGUUAAGGAUUCAAUAAAUGAAAACAUUGAGAGCUUAAAAGGGUGUGAAAACCUAAACAAGCCAGUAAAAAAAAGCCUAGAAAACAAGGCAAGCUUGCUUAAUUCUCAAAUAAGCAUUGCUUCUGAUAAUCUCAACAGUAAAUCCAAUGAAUUAGAAAUCGCUUUAAACUUUACAGACACCUUAAGAAAUAAAACAGCGGAAAUUUUGAGUAGACCAAACAAUCCAGAAUUAGAGAUAGAUUUCCGAACAACUUGCUCAACAAUUCAGACCAAUUCUAGUCCUUAUGAUCUAACGCAAGCUUACCAAGAUUAUCUUAAUGCUUAUCAACUAAAGACAUCUCUUUAUAAUAUUAAAAGAGAUAAAAAGACAUCUCUUUUUAAUAUUAAAAGAGAUGAAAAAAUAAAUUCUUAUUUGCAUAUUUAUAACACUGAAACUGAAGUCCAAGAAGUCAAAGUCAUGCAGACUCAAAUAAAACUUGACUCUAAAACGUGCCUAACUCAACUUCCUAAUGGCAAGCUAUUCUGUUUUGGUAAUGGUCUACUUUCUGGAAUUACAGUGCUUAUUGAUGUGAAUGGUGGAUUAGAAGUGCUGCCAUCUGGAACUCCUUGCUAUUUAUCAUCAUGUAUCUAUUUCAACAACAGCAUCUAUUGCUUUGGCGGAAAGAAUAAAGGCACUUUACCUCUAUCUAAGAGAUUUGAUUUGGAUCGAAAUCGAUGAAUUCAAUUAACUCUAUUGCCGAAAUCUGAUUACAGCUGCAAUAGUAUAAUAUUUAAUGGAAAUAUUUUGAUUUCUGGAUAUCGAAAUAGAAAGCUUUUAUUAUAUUCAAUUGACAUUGACUCUUUCUCGUCAAUUCCUUAUGAGUUUGCAGAGAAGACCAGAAAGAUCCUGAUAAAUGCAGAGAGACUAUAUUUGAUUGAAUGUCCUGGAUCAAUCUAUGAAAGCGAAAUUGGAAGUGACAUGAAUUGGAAACGAGUAGGAAAAUCAAUAAUCGAUUAUGAUCCUUCUCAAGUAUAUUGCUCAUAUAAUAAAGGAGGAAUAUACAUCUCAACUAUUUCUGAAUUGGUUAGAGAAUAUUAUUAUUUUAAUUUAGAUCAAAAAAUCAUUAUCGAUGUUGGUUAUUAUAAUGCGCAUGUCUCACUUAGAAGAGUAGGUAAAAAGAUUGUAGCAAAAAAAUGCAAUAACCAGAAUUUUAAAUUCGAUCCUCAUUAUCUAUAUGAAUGAAAUCUAAAAGGCAAAACUCUAAACAACUUACUCCCCCCUCCGUGAGUGAACAAAAAAAAUUUGUUCACUCAAGGAGGGGGGUUAAUUUUUUUUUCGAAAUUUUAAAAAAAUCCUAAUUCGCAAAAAUUGGAAAGCAAAUAUUAAUUCAAUUUAUAAAAUUUAUGUUUUAAAAAGCAAUUUGUUUAAAAUUAAACAGAAUUAGCUCUAUAUUUCAUUAUACUAAUUAUCAUUUAUAUAUUAAAACUUUUUUCCAUAAAAAUUUUUUCUAUUAAAAAAAUUUUUGUUCACUCGGAGGGUGGGUUUUUUGGGCAAAAAUAGGGAUUUUUCUCUAAUGGUUUUGUUCACUCACGGAGGGGGGGGAGUUAGGAAAAAAUCUAGAAGAAAUCGAAUGCUUAGACAAAGCAAUCAAGCUCAAUCCAAACGAUCCUGAUUUAUAUAAUAAAAAGGGCGAUGCUUUUGAUGAUCUAGAAUGAUAUCUAGAGGCAAUCGAAUCGUAUGACAAAGCAAUCAAACUCGAUCCAAACGAUGAUUUUUUAUACAAUAAUAAAGGCGAGGCGUUUUCUAAUUUAAAAAGAUAUCUAGAAGCAAUCGAAUGCUAUGACAGAGCAAUCAAACUCAAUCCAAACAAGUCUGCUUUUUACUAUGAUAAUAAAGGGCGUGCUUUAAAUGAAUUAGGGAGAUAUCCAGAGGCAAUAGAAAGCUAUGACGAAGCAAUAAAAAUCAAUCCAAAUUAUGUCGAUUAUUAUAAUGAUAAAGGCAAUACUCUUUAUGCUUUAGAGAGAUAUCAAGAAGCAAUACAAUGCUAUGAUGAGGCAAUUAAUCUUGAACCCAAUAAUCCUUUGUAUUUAUGCAGCCGGGCUAGAGUAUUUAAUUAUCUCAGACAAGAAGCAGCAGCUUUGCAGGACUUUAAUAAGGCUUAUAAUUUGAUGCAAGAAAAUCAAGCAAGUGACGUUUUCCCUGGGGAUGAAUGAAACCUUUCUGAAAAAGAUAUCAAUUUUAUUAACGAUUUAUUAGGUCGAGACCGUAUUGAACUACUCAAAAAAAUUCAGGUUUAG